AUGGAAAGUGAAGAGGGUUUAAAAGUUAUUGGUAAUAUAUCAUAUUGUCUGGUGCAAGGAAAUAAGCCACCACCGUUAACUAUGUUAAGUCCUGCUGGUUCUAAAGUUGCCAGAAAUACAGCCACUGUUCCACCUUUAAACCAAGUAUCACCAAGUAAUGGAUUAAACUCUGUAACAAGUAAUUCGGCUUUGAAUGCCACACGUACGUCGAGUUUUGCGGCCGCGCUGAGGAAAUUGGCCUAUCAGGCUAAAGAUCCUGCCGAUGAAGUUAUAAAGCAUUCUAGUCCAAAUAGUAACAAUAGUAGUCCAAGAUCCAGUACACCAAAACGUGCUCCACCACCAUUAGUGUAUUCUAGUCAGUCUACAACAUUAACAUCACCACCAGUUGUUACUAUAGCUCCUACACCAUCACAUCAACACUCCUCAACUACAUCAUUAUCAGCUAAUACUGAUCAUAUUGCUAGACACGGUUUAGAUCGUAUACCAUCAGGUCACAGUUUAUCAUCAAGUUAUGAAUCAAUAGCAUUAAAACAGGAGCGUGAACAACGUCCUUUAUCAGGCCAUUCUAGAGAUGAUGACAGAAACAGUAAAGAUGGGUUAUCAAUGGCUCAUGCAGCUAGAAUAACUCCACAAUCAAGUACAAGUGGUGGAUUAAUGACUGGCAAUAGAGAUGAUAUUACACGUGGAUUUCAACCUUACAGACAUGGUGAUGAUAUACGCCCACCUGUACCACCAGGAUUUGGUAUGGACCCAGCUUACGCAGCCUACCAUUCAGCGUUAUUAGCUUCACAUUAUUCACAUCCAGCUUAUAGAUUAGAAGAUCCAUUGUUAUUAGAAAGAUAUAGAAUGAUGCAACCAUCUUUAAUGAUGCCUUUCUCUCACCCUGGAAUGAUGGCAGCAGCUGCUGCAGCAGGUCAUCAUGGUGUACAUCCCCUGCUGGCUGGGGGUCGUUAUCCCCCUGAAUUAUUACAUCAGUAUCCCUAUAUUUCACCUAGUGCUGCUCAAUCUUUAGAUCCCAGAUCUCCAGCUCUCUCUGCUGAAAGGGCUAGAUUAGAAGAGGAAAGACAAAGAGAAAUAGACAGAGAAAAAGAAAAAGAUAGAGAAAAAGAAAGAGAAAAAGAAAAGUGGAGGGAAAAAGAGAGAGAGAAAGAAGCAACACAACGACUGAGAGAACGAGAAAUUGAAAGAGAAAGAAUGAAAAUGGAACGCCAGGAACAUGAAAGACAUUAUUUAGCUCAGAAUUCUCACCACCAAAAUGAUAUUAAUCAUAGAAUAGACCAUAGAGAUGAAGGUUCUAAACAUGGUAGUAUAACUCAAGGCACACCGCGUGAUUCAUAUAAUGAUAAAUAUAAACAACAACAACGCCAUGACCAUCAUAUUAAACAACAAUCAUUAUUAGAUCAUAGAAAUCAUCAUAGAGAAUAUGGAAGAAAUAUGAUGUCUGUUGAAGGACAAAGAAGAUCUGAUAUUGAGUUGUCACGUGGACAACCACCACCAUUAAUUUCCCCUAAAGAACCAGGGGAAUUAACUCAUCAUAGAUCUGACACAGGACUUUUUAGACCUUUUGAAAAGGAGAGUCGUUCCAGUUAUCCUUUAGAAAUUCCUACUGUUCAUAAUCGCAAAUUGGAGCAUUCUGUUCAACCACUCAAAAUACCACAAAGGGAGAUAACACAGGACAAACACAAAAACUAUUUGGGUGAACAUGAUCAAAUGCGUAGCCUCCAUGCAAAUCAUGACAGACGUGAAAACAAUCACGAUAAUUAUAGCCUUAAAAGACAGUAUAAUGAUGUCAACAAAAUGAAAUCAAGUGAGGUAUCUAAUGAGUUAAUGCCUAAUAAUAAAAUAGUACAUGUAGCUGUCAGUAAACUAGAUAAAGAAGAAGCAAGAUUACGUGAAGCCAGAUUAAAGGGUACCUAUCACAGUGAUGAUGAUGAGGAAGAUAUGGAUGAUAGUGAGAAAGAAGAAGAUAAAAUUGAACGAAUGAUGUUGAUACGUAAUGGUCCACCAAUGCCAUUAGAUAAAUCAGUGAAUAAAUUAAAGUUUUUAUCUAGUCUAGGUUUAUUUACAAUCAGAAGAAAGAAAGAUAAAGAUUUUGAAAGGUAUAGGAAGAGAAGGAAAUACUUCAGGGAACAAAGUUUAAGUCCAAUCAUUGUUGAAGAAGACACAAAAAGCAAAUCUGAGUCUUUAACCAUUCCAAAACUAGAUCCAGAUAUACUAUGUAGUGAAUUGGAUUAUCCUAAUAAAUGUAACUUUCUAUCAUCAUUUAAACUACAACAUUUAGAAAAAGAGGAGAGAAAAGAAUUAUGUUUAAUACGUGAAGCUUGUCAGUUAGAAAAGAAAAGAAGAUUAGGUGGAACUGAUGUUAAAGAUGAAAGAUUAUCAACUCAGUUGGAUAAAAAAGGUAUAAAAAGAAAGAGAGUAGAAGAUAACAAUAAUACUGACCUAUUAAAUACUGAACCUAUUCAAUUAACAUUAGCUCAAUUACAACAACGUCAUCAACAACAAACAAAACUCAAUAAUUUACAUAAUAAGAUGUCAGAUAAUAGAUCCACUGUGAUAUUUCCUACUGAAUCUUGUGAUCGAGGUAAAAUAUUAAGUCGAGAAUUUGCUGAACAGUUUCAUGAAUCAGUAUUACAGACUACUAGAGAGAAGGAACUACAGUCUAGAUUGGGCAAUUCUCGUCAUGAUGGUACAAAUCUAUCAUCUGAUAAAACAUCACCAUCUAAACAUCAUGUAUCAAGUGAUGGGAUUGGUUGUAGUAGUUUAUCGGACCAAUCAGAAACUAGUUCAUUUAGAUGGCCUGGUAUAACAGCUGUAAUGGAAGCAUAUCAAAGACAUUCAGAAGAACAAAAAUCAGAACAUGGUAUUUUGAGUGAACGUUGUAAAAAGUUACAGAGUGAAAAUAGAGAUUUAAAUAAAAAAGCUGAAGCAUUAAGUAAAGCAAUGGCAAUGUUAUUAGAACAACAGAAACAUUUUGAAGAAGAAAGAAAUCGUAAUCAAGCUGCAAUAGAAAAAUUAACCAAGCCUUUAAGACAGUUAAGAUGAUAAACCUGUGGUUUUAUGUGUUGUGUAUUUUUGGUGCAUAAUGUGCUUUAAACUAUGAAUAUAAAAACCUAGAAAUUUGCAGGAGAAAAUGAUGUGGAUUCAAUCACCAGAUUUAUAUGUUCAUAUGGUUA